GAAAGGAGGGCACGAAGCAGUGACAGAGGGUGAAGAACUGGGACAAAAGUCUGUCGAGAGAGAAAAGAACUCUGGAGUUUAUUGUUGGAGCUUUGAAAGAGGAGGAUUAGAAGGAGCGAAUGAGGAGGGCUUGAUUCACUCCAUGGAGCUGAAUUUGGAUUUGCAGCCACAUGCUGAGUGCAGGAGAGGAAAAACGCAGAUGAAAGGAUGCUGCAGGGACCUGCCGAGGGACUGAGCCCCACCUGAUACCCCCCACCCCGCCCCUCCCCUCGUCCUCUUCCCGACCCCUCACCCUCGGAGCCCUCAGUGCCGCUGUCCCAUCAUGAACCUGCUUUGCCGCGGGCGUCUAAAGCUGCUGGCGGCGUCACUCACAGCCAUCGUCCUGCUCACCUGGCUCUACCUUCUGGCUGGAAACCUGGAAAAUGGUCGUUCCCUUCUCCUGACUCCUUGCCUGGCGGACACUCCAGCUGCCCAGGUCCUAGAGCGGGCCGUCCUUGAGUCGCGGGUUCGGGAGGUGGAGGAGGAGAACCGGCAGAUCCGCCUGCAGCUCAGCCAAUCGCAGGGUAUGGCUGGCCAGGCAGCGGAUGGUAACUAUGGCAACCAGCAGUGGGGCGCGUCUGCAGACACGGGGCCCGAGGAUGGCGACAACACGGCAGAGGAGAAGAACAACCACACGGGGUGUCCCCGCUCACCCACCGUCCAGAAGUGUGAGCUGAUCCAUGUAGCGUGCGUUUGUGCCGGUCAUAACGCCAGCAGAGAUGUGGUCACACUGGUCAAGUCGGUCCUCUUUCACAGGAGAAAUCCUCUCCACUUUCAUUUUAUCACUGACACAGUAGCAAAUCGAAUCCUGAGUUCUCUGUUCCAGUCCUGGAUGGUUCCAUCUGUGCAAGUCAGCUUCUACGAUGCAGAUGAACUCAAGUCUGAAGUGUCGUGGAUACCCAACAAACACUACUCAGGUAUUUACGGCUUGAUGAAGCUGACGCUAACCAAAGCUUUGCCCUCCGACCUGUCGAAGGUCAUCGUCCUGGACACAGACAUCACCUUCGCUACGGACAUCGCUGAACUCUGGGGCAUUUUUAGGAAGUUUACUGAUAAGCAGGUGAUUGGUCUGGUGGAGAAUCAAAGUGACUGGUACUUGGGCAACUUAUGGAAAAACCACAAACCGUGGCCUGCGCUGGGAAGAGGCUUCAACACAGGCGUCAUUCUUCUGUACUUGGAGAGACUGCGGCGAAUCGGUUGGGAGCAGAUGUGGAGGCUGACGGCAGAGAGGGAACUUAUGAGCAUGCUCAGUACAUCACUCGCUGAUCAGGACAUAUUCAACGCCUUCAUAAAGCAGAACCCAGUCCUGGUGCACCAGCUCCCCUGCUUCUGGAACGUUCAGCUGUCUGAUCACACGCGCUCUGAGCAGUGCUACACUGAGGUGUCUGACCUCAAGGUGAUCCACUGGAACUCUCCUAAGAAGCUCCGCGUCAAAAACAAACACGUGGAGUUCUUCAGGAACCUCUACCUGACCUUCUUGGAGUAUGAUGGAAACCUGCUGAGACGGGAACUGUUCGGCUGCCCGACGCAGGCCAGUCCAGAGAGCAUCAAGCUACAAAAGGCUCUGGAGGAGCUGGACGAGGACGAUCAGUGUUACGACUUCCGCCGAGAGCGACUGACAGUGCACCGAGUUCACCUGUAUUUCCUUCAGUAUGACUACACGCCCACUGAGGACAACACUGACAUCACUCUGGUGGCCCAGCUUUCCAUGGACAGGCUGCAGAUGCUGGAGGCCAUCUGUAAGCACUGGGAAGGCCCCAUCAGCCUAGCUCUCUACAUGUCUGACGCUGAGGCUCAGCAGUUCCUGCGUUACGCCCAGGCCUCCGAGGUCCUCAAGAACCGCAAGAACGUGGGUUACCACAUUGUCUACAAGGAGGGCCAGUUCUACCCGGUCAACCUGGUGAGGAACGUGGCCCUGAAGAAUGCCAACACACCCUACGUGUUCCUGACUGACGUGGACUUCCUGCCGAUGUACGGUCUCUAUGAUUACCUCAGAAAGUCUGUGGUGCAAAUGGACAUGGCUCACACAAAGAAGGCUCUGGUGGUUCCAGCUUUCGAGACCCUUCGUUACCGUCUGUCCUUCCCCAAAUCCAAAGCCGAGCUGCUCUCCAUGCUGGACAUGGGGACUCUCUACACCUUCAGGUAUCAUGUGUGGCCAAAGGGUCACGCGCCUACCAACUAUGCCAAAUGGCGAACGGCCACCACGCCCUAUAAAGUGGAGUGGGAGCCAGACUUUGAGCCGUACGUUGUGGUGAGAAGAGAAUGUCCCGAGUACGACCAGCGCUUUGUGGGCUUUGGCUGGAACAAGGUGUCCCAUAUCAUGGAGCUGGAUGCACAGGAGUAUGACUUGAUGGUCCUGCCGAAUGCUUUCAUGAUCCACAUGCCCCACGCUCCCAGCUUCGACAUCUCUAAAUUUCGCUCCAGCUCCAGCUACCGCAACUGUCUGAACACCCUGAAGGAUGAGUUCCACCAGGAUCUGUCCAGGAAGUAUGGCUCUGCAGCUCUCAAGUACCUCACUGCCCAGAGAAACAUCUAGAAAGUAGACUUGUCAAGAGCAGCUCUGUCAGCCCCGUGAGCUCCGACGCGUACUGACGCUGGAGGGGAGUGCAUCGUUACAGAGUGUGGAUAUAAGCUUUACAGCCCUUUUGAGCAUCCCCGGGCUCCUGUGCAUUAAUUCUCCAGUCGACUGCAACUCAGAGUGACUGAGGACCGGACGCAGAGACGAAAACCAAAACAGGACAGCACAGCUGCGGAUUUUUAACGCGGGACUCUGACACGGCCGAAGGGGACAAUAGACGAGAGUGGAAACUGAUGGGACUAGCUUUAAGGCGAGGAAACAACAACCAUAUUCUUACAAUUUGUUCUGACAAUCAGGGCUUUUUUCAAGAAGACACACAGUGAGCCAGUCGAUCUCCACGGAUAUUUGGAUAUUUUGCACCUGGGGAAAAACUUCCGACAUUAGGAACUAUAUUUGGGAGGCACGUCGAACUGGAGAUUUAAGCCUUAUCACUUUCCUGAUAUUUACUGAGAUAUUUAAUUUUUUUUUUUUUUUUCUUCAGUGCAAAUCUGAACCAAUGAUAGUGAACAUUUGCAUUUACAAUGUUUUGAUUAUGGCUUUACACAAAAAUCAGUUUUUUUUUUGUUUCUAUAUUUUCUGACCUCUUAUAAAGAAAUCCAUAGUGUCCUGGUCAAACGAUUUAAGUUUCUUCUGUGGGCUUCAGGGAUGUGCUGUGUGUGUGUGUGUGUGCGUGUGUGUGUGUGAGAGAGACGGAGAGAGCGAUCCAGCUGCAUCACUGGGCACGUCUUCAACACGCUUACAGCUCGUCUUCAGUGUCACGCUUGCUUCUGUCUUGCAUGUAAAGAGUUGCACAACACAUUCUUGUCAUGUUGGAAAAAUCUGCAUUUUUCUCCCAUUAUUCCUCUCUUGGAAACAGAAAAUUAUUGAUGAGAUGUGUCAUUACCAAUUGGGACCAAUGCUGACACAUAAUCGUGAGUGAUGAAAUGAAGGUGUUGGCUUUGAAAUAAAAGUGCGGCGACGGGCACGAGCUUAUUUUUUGUGCCAUUACAUUUAUAACGUGUCUGAAUCACUGGAUUGUACGUGCCAUCUACUGUACUGUUUUACCCACUGUGCUGCUGUUUUUGUAAAGUCCAGCUGAAAUGUUUCUGCAGCCAAAGUUCAGUUUAUUGUUAUUCCAACUUGCAGACUAGAAUCUGAAGGAUUUCUACAGCUUGUUGUCAGAUUAUUUCGAUGCGGAUCGAGUCUUCUAAUCAGGAGGUGACGUUGAAUUAUCACAGGAAAAAGAAGCUUCUGUGUCCUCUUCUCUUUGCCAAAUUGAAUAUUUUGCCAAGCUAAUUCUACAUGGGAUUUGAAGCUAUUUAAAAUGAAACAGCUGACCGGCUAACUCACAGGAUGUGCUUGAAUGUUUACUGACAGAGAAAAGAAAAGAGUAAAAAAGUAGCGUAGUGUUCCCAACUUUGUGUCAUAGCCUGUUACAUGAUAUCAGUAAACCUGGCAACCUCCACUCUCACAGGAAUAACGUUGGUGAGGGGUGGUGCAGUUGGAGAACUGCAUCCUGCACUGACAACUUUGUGAUUGCUUUAGUUAACGCGGUCACCCGUAGUUUUUUUUUUGUGAAAUGGCAAGUUGCAAACGCUCCCCAACAAACCACUGAGUGAUAGUAAAACUAUCAGGAGUGUGACACAAACCCGAGAUACCAAGAGAAACUUCAAAGUAAAAGUUUUUUCAAUGAAAUGCACAACUUUUACUCUGACGGCUGACGUUCUCCGUUUCAGGUCAACCGGAAACCUGAUAGUUUCACUGCAAAACGAUUAGUUAGUGAGUGUUUGCAGACUAGUCUUCUAUAUAAACUACAGGUGACCAUGGCAAUCUUCUAGCAGCCAAAGAAAUGACAGGGUAGUUUUCAGUGCAGCACUCUUUGUGAUUAACUUCACCGAGGGACAGCAGUCACCCACCAACAAGCACUCGCCAACCAGUUGGGGAAUACUCAUUCCUCCUUAACCGACGAGCCUGCAGGCCUGUGUCACUGGAGACUAAUUAAUGACGUAGUGAAAUCAGAGCAUGAGGUCACUGGAUGUCAAGCGCAGUCACAGUAAACUUCCUGUCCAGCAAUAUUUGUUGUCACAUUUGUUUGUAAGGCUGUUUACAUCAACCAAACCAAGUUACAGGUCAAAGUCUGACACAGAAGGCUUUUUUUUGUAAGUGAAAGUUUUUAACUCCUUGUCUUUGUUUUUUCUGUUACUGGCACAAAAGAGCUUCCGUACGUUGAGGCUUCAUAAAGUCCAGAUGGUUAUUUUUUUUUCCACCGAUGCACAUUUAUUCAGUUUGCUUAGUUGCAUUUAGAAAAGUAUUUUUUUACAAAGUGCAUUACAAAAACAUAUCAUACACGCCUUCUAAAAACUCUUCUACACCCAGUGAUUUAUUAAAACAGAUGGUGUGUAAAUGAUAACAGAACCAUGCAAGAUUUAAGUGCAGCAUCAAGAAUUAAAUACAGUGUGACUGAAUAUUUAAAAAAAAGCUUUAAUAAGGAAGAUAAUAAGAAAUCCGAUUUUCUCAAGCGACGAUGUCCGUUCAGUCUUAAAGUGUGGGUUUGGGAAAAGUUGUCAGGUUGAGGAUGUCAUCACGUGGAAAUCAGUGCGGACAUCUUGUGCCGGUGGUUUGUUAGUCUUUGCAGUGGGCACGCUAACCCUGCACCCAGUUCAGAUCUUGAUACCAAGCUAAGAGCACAACCAAUCUAGUCAAAAUAUCUGACGUGUGUCAAACUGAAUAACUUGGUUACAAAUCAGUUUUCUUUAAAAUCACAAGAGUACAGCGAGCGUCCAAAUAUCUGUUGCCAGCUACAUGAAGUUCAAAGGUUGUGCCCUCAUAUAUAACUCAUGCAGGAGAACCGGCUCCCCUGUCACUGUUAUGCAGCCGCUUUGGCUUUUUACUUUUGUAUAAUAGGAAGGAGGAGCAUCCGCCAUCUUUAUAUACAGUCUAUGUAAACAACCAACAGCCGUCAAUCCAGAAAGCUUCUCUUGGAGUUUCCAGAACUGAUCCAUGUGCUGCAGAAAGAUAUUUAUUUCAGUUGGACUUUAUUCAUUUUCUGUUUGUUUUUAAUGAUGCUCUGUCCAACAUUUCCAAUCAGUAAAAUAUGAUGAAAUAAAUUUGUCAUGUUGUUAUGACAUGUAGCAUUGGACAUGAUGGAUACGUCCGACUGCUUUGGUUUAGUUUUUGGUUAUUUGAACGCUUUGGUCGGUUAUGCUCAGAAGCAUCCGUGUUUAACGUUAUGUUGGAGCUGCCCGCAGGUUGAUCACGAUGUUUGCAUCCUUCCCUGUAGCACAGGAGAACAAAAACAAGCACCAGGAUGCAGCGUUAUCGCUUGUAGCAGCAUCGCGCUGUAGUUUUGUUUUUGAGCAUUCUCUCUACAAAUUUUCAUCUCUACCUGCAUUUAGAGGGAGGGGAAGCAAGCAGAGAAGACUAAAAGCAGAUCUCGUGUAAUUUCCACUGCAAAUACGGCAAACAUGGGAGGUGGGUCACGAGCGACGGUGUGUGUGACAGCCGUUUGACGAGGACUGAGCGCAGACGGUGCCGUGAAGAGCCCUGCUCCCUGCCCACUCCCACCCACACCACCUCUAUUGCCGUGUUGUUGAUUGUGGUAAAUGCUAGUGCCUUUGCUGUAUUGUGAAACUGGAUAUUGAUUGUACUGUUGUACCGACAGGGCCUGGGGAUAGUCAGGCGCUCUAUUUAUUAUUGUUGACUCAAAUCGAUCAUAUUUUUCUAUGUAAGUGCUUUAAAUAAAUUUGCCCUUUUUAUCA